AAUUCCUAUUAGUGACAUUUUCAUUAUUUUGAAAUGAAUAAAAGUCAUUGCUCCUAUAUAUACGCAAGCAAGCACAUGCACACACUCAACAAACAAAACUUGAUACAUUGCUCCCCGUAUCUAGAUCUAUUCUUGAAAAGGACCAGAUCUCCCACUCAAAUGGCACCCACAGUGAUGGCGCCUACAACUAAUGGCAACGGUCAUUCAACAAAUCCAAAGACAUUCAAGGUGUUCGUGGGCUACGAUUCCCGCGAAGAUCUCGCUUACCAAGUCUGCGAGUAUUCGAUCAAGAAAAGAUCUUCGAUACCGGUAGAGGUGAUCCCCAUUAAGCAAACCGAAAUGAGGGAGCUGGGAUUGUACUGGCGCGAGAGAGAAAAAGUGGAGAGCACUGAAUUCUCCUUCACCAGGUUCUUAACGCCCUACCUGGCGAAUUACCAGGGCUGGGCCGUGUUCGUUGACUGUGAUGUCUUAUACUUAGGGGAUGUGAAGGAACUCGCUGACUUGAUCGAUGAUAAGUACGCUAUAAUGUGCGUUCAACAUGAUUACACGCCCAAGGAGACGACUAAAAUGGACGGAGCUGUGCAGACAGCUUAUCCGAGGAAGAACUGGUCCUCAAUGGUUUUGUACAACUGUGGGCAUCCGAAGAACAAGGUUCUGACUCCGGAGAUUGUUAACUCGGAGUCGGGUGCGUAUCUUCACAGGUUCCAGUGGCUGGAGGAUCACGAGAUCGGAUCCGUUCCUUUUGUGUGGAAUUUUCUUGUAGGGCAUAACAAGGUUGUGGAGGAUGAUCGUGAGAGUACGUAUCCGAAGGCCAUACAUUACACGCUGGGAGGGCCUUGGUUCGAGGACUGGAAGGACUGUGAGUUCGGGGACUUGUGGCUCAGUGAAUUGGAAGAGUAUCAGAAGGCGGCCGAGAAGAGUACUGUAUAUUAGCUUAUUAUUAAUUUAUGUCAAGAGUCAUAUGCUUUGUGAUUCUUAAGUAUCGUUGUAAUGCAUUUACAUUUGUUUCCAUAUCAGUUCCAAACACCAAGGAAUAAUAAUACAGUUGCUUCCUGUUA